AGCGGAAACAGUGAAGAAAAGGAGAAGGCAUGGCCACAGCUAGCAGUUUUCUGACUGAAGACCAGUUCCUGUGCUCUAUCUGCCUGGACGUGUUUACCGAGCCCAUUUCGACACCAUGUGGCCACAAUUUUUGCCAGGCGUGUAUACGACAGCACUGGAAGGACAAGGAGCAGUGUCAGUGCCCCUUGUGCAACAAAAAGUUUGCCAAAGACCUCAAACUGAAUGUCAACACCGGCUUCAAGGAGAUAGUGGAUAACUUUAAGGCCCAUCAAGCCGCACCAGUCAAACAGGACGAGGUGCCAUGUGACCAUUGUCUGGGCACCAAAUUCAAAGCCCUAAAGACCUGUUUGGUGUGUUUGUCAUCCUACUGUGGCGUUCACCUGGAGCCUCACCACAGAGAUGCCGCCUUGAUAAGUCACAAGCUAACACACCCAGUGAAGAAUCUCUCAAACAAGUUAUGCAAGAAACAUAACAAAAUGUGUGACUCCUUCUGCAGGGAUGACCUGGUUCAGGUCUGUGAGCGUUGCGUGGAUCAUCGCGGACACCAUACCGUGUCUUUGGAGGAUGAGUACAAAAAGCAGAAGGCUGUGCUGCAGAGAAAAAUGUCCCACAUGGAGGAAAUGAUACAUCAGCGAGAGAGGAAGGUCCAGGAGAUCAAGGAAUAUGUGGCAAUCAGACAGAUGGAUAAGGAUGAAGUUACACCAAAAUGCUUCAAAACCUUUUCUCUCUUAGUUGCUUCUAUCGAGGUGCAACUGGCUAAGUUGAGUCAGGCCAUUGAAGACAAGCACAAAGCAGCCGAGCGACAAGCUGAAAUGUUGAUCAAAGAGCUGAAAGAAGAAAUAGAUCAACUGCACACGACCAGCAACAAACUGGAGCGCCUCUCACACAUCGAAGAUCACCUCGAGCUCAUUGACAGAGUUCGGUCCUUGCCGUCUUCCACUCCACACACCAAGAACUGGUCCGAGGUCAGCAUCAUUAGUCAGCACGGCGUGGCCUUGUUGGCAGCUGCCCUAAAUCACCUGGAGGACACCAUGGACAGAGAAAUGCAACAGGCUGCUGAAACCUUCAGGACAUGUUGUGGAAAGCUUCUUCAGGAAGAACCCCGGAAGAACCCAGCACAGCCAAUCACUAAACUGACGAGUGACCCAGAAGGCCACAGAUUGGAAGUAAUCAGGCAGCAGUAUGCAGUGGACAUUACCUAUGACCCUUUCUCUGGAAGUGACAUUCUGUUGUAUUCAGACGAUCUCAAACAAGUGCUGACUUAUGAUCUUUUGUGGCUCCCAGAUAGACAGAAAAAAAGGAGCAGCUAUGCCUUUGUGCUAGGAAAUAAGAGCUUUUUUAAAGUAAGAUUCUACUUCGAGGUCAAGGCCACAAUGAAGACCGGCUGGGACGUAGGGGUUGCCAGGCAGUCUAUAAACCAGAAUCGCAAAAUCACUGAUAAAUUCUGGAUCAACACCUGGGUCCUCAGAUUGAGAAACAGCAAACAUCUGAAGGCUCUACACACAAGUCCUGUCCGACUGCCUUUCAUAAAAAAACCUGAGCGAGUCGGGGUGUUUGUAGAUUACGAGGUGGGACUGGUGUCCUUCUACGAUGUGGACAAUUUCACUCUCAUCUACUCUUUCACCGACUGUGAUUUUAAUGAGAGAAUUUACCCAUACUUCAGCCCCUGCCCGAACGAUGACGGCUUAAAUGCGGCGCCUCUGGUACUCACACGUUCUUUGCCUGCUCCACACAAGAGACAAAAUCCACCCAUCAUGAAGUCACAGCGGCAACAUGACAAUGACUUUUAUAAACAACUCGUUAUAGUUGUAAUCGUAAUCUUUUGCUCUUUAAUAUUUGGCAGUCAAAAGUAGGAUUGGCCAUCAUUGGCAACCUAGUCUUAUAUUCCCAUUCUCUCAGAAUCGUCAACAUUUUGAAUGCUGAUUCCUAUUUUCUAUGCUCACGCUUCUGUCCGAGAGAAUUAGCUGCUAAAUAGUUGGCUUGCAGCUAACUUUAUCUACAUGCACCGUGUGGCCUCCGUCCUCUAAGUCAGUAAUCCUUCGUUACGGCAAAUAAAUUGCAAUUUUUAAGUUUUAUUGUCAAUGGUAGACUGAAACACAAGGCUAAACAUGUUAACCACAAAGGAAAAGCCAGCAGGAGGAGGCAUGCUAACCGCUAAACCAUCUUGAAACGACAGAAGAAAUACGGGUACGAGUAAAGUAUUAGAAGGGUAAAUGGAUGCGUGUUACAGCAGGAAAGUAAGUAUAUACAGUAUUAUCAGGAAAUGAUCUAGUAGAUUAAUAGGAGUCUAGAGAGAAUGGAUAAUAUAACAAAAACUGCUCUAUUGCUGUAAUAUAGUUGUGAUACCAAAGGUGGUUUCAACAUAUGGUCCACUACUAGUGAUCAGAUCAAUAUAUACCUUUUCCAGUAAUCUUUUUUUUUUUUUUAAUUUUGGUUAAUGUUUACAAACUCGGGAAAUAAUCGCCUUGAAGGCAAAAACCAAAGGAAUGAAAUGAGUAAUAGAUAUACAUUUUUGCUUUUGUUUAUUAUAUACUACUGACUUUGCUUGGAAUCAAACAAUUUUAUGUAAUUAAAGACAAUAAGGGACAGGUUUAAAUAUUGUAUUAAAUAAAAAAUAUUAUGGUUAAUACAUUGAUAUUGUUGCAUUGCCAUAACUCAGGCUGUGUUUCUGUUUUUGCUGACGUUCUCUCUCUCCCAAAGUGUGGCCCCGGGCAGGCUCAGGAGCUCAGGGCUCUCCUGGAACCAAUGUACCAUGUACCUACUUAAGCAAUCUGUUUCAACUGGUUGCUGUUGUAGUUUUGCUCUAGUUGUCCACAGUCACGUCUUUAUGUGAUAACGUUUUUAAACAGUAAGUAAA